UUAUGAUUUGUGUCCCAGGCCCUUAAUCUUUAGACACCCUUCUGGAUCCGCCACUGCCCUACAGUUACUGAGUUAUAUAGAUUAUGUAUGUAGGGUCUUUUGUUGUUAAAAUGACUUGUCCCACCCUAAAAUGGCCAAAAUAAGUACCUUUGCCAUCAUACUUUGCAACUGUCCCACUCUAAAAGUCAUAAAUAUUGCCUGCAUAUUACAAGAUUUUCACUUUUCAGAAAUGUGCUGGUUACCGGAAGUUCACAAGAACCAGUUAAGCGAAGGUAACACCCUACAACAUGAACAUGAACUGAUCACUGAGACUGCAUUGCGUAUGAAAGACAGUUUUGUAGGGAAGUAUUUGAAAGAUGGGUGGAUGCUAAACAUAGAAAAAACUUGGAAUGGCCUAAGAGAAGACGAAUGUCACCUUCGUCAGAAGCAGAUUUUUACUGCCAGGCUGGCUUUGACCAGAAAGGUUUUGAGAUCAAAUUUAUAUCAGGCUAUAAAAUUUUGUGCAAAAAAGUUAAAAUCCAGAUUGAUCUACAUCCAAAUGGCUAGCUCAGAUGUGGAAGUGGAAUCGGACCCUUUUAGUUGGGAAUUCAAUGGAAAUUCAUUUGACAGUGAUGAUGAUGAUGAGAUUAAUUCAGUGAAGGGAUUAAAAAAGGACAAGGAAUACAACUUCCACAUACAGGCCAAGAAUCUUGAAGGUUUUCAAAUUAGUGAGUCUAGUGAUGUGAUUGGUCCCAUAACUCCCAAGCCCAAAUACACCAAGGUUUUGCCACCUGGUGUACCAGAGGCUGUCAACAAUUCUAUAACUUUUUCUGAAAUGGGAACCACCUAA